UGUUUCAUCGAUGAUCUCCAUGGUAACUUAAACACCUGAUAUCAUUUAUACUGUCAGUGUGUUACUUUCCAGUUAGUUUAACUAUAAGUUUUGUGCGAUUUGUAACUGAAUUGUAUUAUAUUUAAUACUAAACGAUGCCUCCCAAACCUGCAACCAAGAAGAAAAAAGUGGCAAGUCCGAAUCGCGUUGAGGUGGAUGAUGAUUUAGAGGAAUGGAAAAAGUCAAAGCAAUUACUAAAGCCGAAAGAUCAAAUUGAGCUGCAAGACUUUGAAUUGAAAGAGUUGGUAGGACGUACUUUGGUGAUGACAAACAAUCAAAUUCCUAAUAAUAUCGUUGAAUUCAGUUAUGUAGAGAAGUCGUUUAUACCUGUUCCUCAGGUUACUAACUAUAUAGUAGCAUACGAGUGCAGAGGUACAAUAAUCCAUAGGGAUACGGAAGAAGCGAAGGCUAUAAUAGCCGGCACUGACGGGGAAGACGGAGGCAUGUUGAACGUGUAUAAAUCUUUGAUUUUCACUCCUAUCGGCAGUGAAGAGUUCGAGGACAAGGAUAAGGAGAAAGAUGAGGAGGCACCAGCAGAACAAGAAGAUGUUGGUGAAUCUGAAGGCGUCGAAGCUCCUGUCGAGGAGAAGGCAGAUGAAGAGAAGAAGGAAGAGGAAGAAGAGAUCAAACCUGUUUCAGCGAAGAAGCUAACCAAUCAGUUUAACUUCUGCGAGAGGGCUGCACUCACAUACACACAACCACCUCGCAUGCAGGAAACUCAGACCACACCGCCGCCGGUGAAGACGUUUUCCGGUAACGUGCUCCAAUGGAUCAUUUAUGAUUCUUACCAGAUCGACUACGCUGAACAACUAGAGGAAAAAGAGCGUGAGCGCGAGCGUAAGGAAAAGGACAAAGCUCCCGUCUCCAAAUACUUGGGACCGCCUCGGAAAUCGAAAAAGAAGUUGCCUGUUAAGAAGGGAUUCAGUGAAGAACAGGAAAUGAGGAUUUUUGAGUGUUGGAAAGUGUUGGAAAGGAUGAUCAAUUUGAAUACCUACGAUGAAAUUGCUAAAGAUUACAGAUAUUGGGAGGAUCCUUCAGAUGAAUUUAGGGAGGAAGAAGGAACGUUAUUACCAUUGUGGAAAUAUUCGUACGAUAAAACAAAGAAGCACACCGUGACUCAUAUAUGCUGGAACCCUUGGUACUAUGAUCUGUUCAUUGUGUGUUUUGGGUAUUUGGAAUUCCUGAAGCCUUUAACGGAAGGUUUCAUUUGUUUAUUCACUAUCAAGAAUCCGUCUUAUCCGGAAACCAUAUGCCUCACUGAGUCAGCAGUGAUGUGCUCCGACAUUCAUCCGAAAUAUCCUUACAUGAUGGUUUGCGGCAUGUUCGAUGGUAACAUCCAAGUGUACAACAUUCAAGCGUCAGCAAAGCAACCAGCUUACAUGACUAAAUCCCACGAAACUAAACACAGUGGAAUCAUAUGGGCGAUUAAAUGGGUGCCAGAUUUACCUGAUGGCGAACUGAACUUCUACUCAGUAAGCAACGAUGGAAAAGUGAACAAUUACGUACUGAUGCAAACAGAACUUUCGCUAACGACCAUCAUCAACUUAUAUUUAGAUAGGGAUGCUGCUGCUGGACCAGAUGGAACAUUAGUAAAGUUGAAAGCUUGCGCUACGUACAUCGUCUUACAUCCGAGUAAUCCUAUCGUAUACAUGGUGGGAACCGAGGAGGGACUCAUCUACAAAUGCAGUAUUAACUACAACGCACAAUACUUGAUGACUUACCAAGCACACACAAUGCCUGUCUACAAGAUACAUUACAACAAGUAUAACUCAUCUGUGUUCAUUUCGUGCAGCGGUGAUUGGCGCAUCAAAAUUUGGGAGGACAAUAGAGCAGAUCCCCUCUUUGUUUUUGAUCUAGGUGCGAGUGUGAUGGACGUCGAAUGGGCACCUUAUUCUUCCACCGUCUUUGGAGCUGUCACCGCUGAAGGCAAAGUGUACGUGUACGAUUUGAACGUGAAUAAAUAUAAACCCAUCUGCACUCAAGCCGUAGUUUCCAAAAAACGUAACAAACUGACAACUAUUGCCUUCAAUUACAACAUGCCUAUUGUCAUAGUAGGGGAUGAUAAGGGAAUGGUGACCUGCGUUAAAUUAUCACCGAAUUUACGUGUUCCUUGCAAACCUCCAAAGAAGCAGCAGCACUUAGACCAGUGGACCCUCCAGUGCAUGAAACUCGACAGACUUCUGGCUUUGGUUCGUGAACCUUCGGUGCUGGCUGUUCACACCGAUAUCUCGGUGUCGGAUAAAUCCACUAUAUAACAACGAUAGUUGGCACAAACAAGUAUUGGAAGAACGAAAGGAGCGUAAAACUUAUAAUAUAAAAUCA